ACAUCCCUCUCCCGUCCCCUGGAGGUGGAGGGCUACGUGAGGGCAGAGGUGGCCAGCGACACCUUGGUGGCCCUGUCCCGAAACCACUUCAGCUUGGUCGUGUAUGAGCUACAGCACUGCCUCAGACCCCUCAACCUCGCCGAAGAAUUUGUCAUCGUCACCCUGGCGAAGCUGGCCAAUGGCAAUGUGUUUGAGUUCAUGCCAUACAUGGGCAUCACCCUGGCUACCAUAUUCACCAUGCUGAGGCUCACCGAUGAAGCCGAGAUGCACCAGGUGAUCUGCAGUGCCAUGGAGACCUUCUGCGAGAACGUGCAGUUUUACCUGAGGCACCUAGAGGACAGUGUGUACCCCGUGAUGACUGAGGAGCAGUUUGCUGUGAAGCUGUUCCCCAUGUAUCGCUCUUUUGUGACCUUGUGGCUCAGGGACAACAACCCCGAGGUGAAGCUGGGGCUCAUCAAGUCCCUGAAGCCUAUGCUGAACCUCAUCCUGCCCGGCAACAACGUGCGUGAGCAGGUGUACGACUACAUCCCCCUGCUGCUGGCAGAGUACCAGGCCCACCUGGAGGCACUCUUCAUCACACAGGUCUUGAGGCAGAUCCUGGAAAUGUCAGUGACCACUAACCCUGUCCCCCAAAUGCAGCUGCACACCAUCUUCACGGAACUGCAUGUCCAGUUGUGCUUCAAGGCCCCCGCCCAGCAGCAGUACAGCAGCCGGAACAUGACGGAGGUCGUGCACUGCUUCAUAGCCCUUGCCCGCUCCUACCCCAAGGAGCUGAUGAAGUUCUUCCUCAGCCAGAUGGAGAUGAGCAAGGAGGCCAUCCACGUGGGGACCCUGACCCUGAUUAGGGCAGCGGUGAGCACACAUGUACGCGGGCCUCUCACUGCUUGCAUGUGUGUUUACUUGUGUGUGUGUGUGUGUGUAUGGGGGGUCCUCCCCGGCCCCCUGGCCCACCACCCUACCCUGCCUGGCCGGGUCUCCCUGCAGGGUGUGAUUCUGUGCUUUGGCCUGUGUGCCCGGGGCCAGGUGAAGACGGUGCUGAACGUGCUCCACGACUUUGAGGAGAGGAUCCAGGAGUCGGAGCAGUCCUGGCAGAUCGGCGCUUGGCGGAAGGACCAUCCCUGGAGGCAGGAGACAGUGAAGGGUGCCCUCAUGGUGAUGUACAGCUGCGUGGCCUCGUACUGCCACCCGCAGAUGCUCCUAAACGUGGACAACCCCAUCACUGCUAAGAUCGUUCACCACUACUCCAGCAGCUGCCAGGACAUCUGCCUCAAAAUGGCCUUCAUUAAGAGUGUGGUGCAGGUCACCGACGCUGUCAAGAACAUCAAAGACCUGGAGGACUUCCAACUUGCCCCAAAGGCGACCCUUACUGGCAUUAUCAUGGCGAUCAUCAAGGCAGAACCAACUGACAGACUGGUUUCUCCAGUGCGGAUCAUGGCCAUGGAUGCCCUCUCGUACUUGAGCAAACUGAAGCCUUUCUACUCCACAGAGGAAAACAGUGAGCUGGUGGAGAUUAGUAUACACUCUGUCAUUUCUCUCCAGCCCCCAGGGGACAACGAUGAGUCCAUUAAGACCCUGUAUGUGAAUGCCCUGCAUGCCCUGGAGCAGCUGAUGGAGGGCCUCGUGCAGAGGCAGCUGGACCCCAAGGGGCUGCAGGAGAUGGUGCAUCUCCUGGAAAAGUGGAUCUUGUCAGAGAAGGAAUGGGAGCGGGAGAAGGCGAUCAACCUCCACCUCCAUCUCAUGCAGAUCUACGUCCAAAGCGUCGGUGUCUGCAUCCCUCUGCAGCUGGGGCAGUUUGGCACUCUGGUCGGACUCAUCGCCCCAUGCACCUGUGACUCGCACAGAAGAACCCGCCUGGCCUCCAUGGAAGUCCUUUCCAACCUCCUGGAUUUUCAUGCAAGCCAGAACUGCUCCUCCUGGGGCGCUUCCAGGGAGUUGGAGCUUGUGAAAUGUAAGGCGGAGCUGCAGGGCUCGGACGUGGAGAAGAUUUUCAGCGCGUCUUCCAGAAUCGCCAAGGUGGCGUGCUUGCAGUUUAGCUGCGAUGAGGUGGCCUCGCUCGUCCAGAAGCUCUGUGAGAACAUCGGGGCCAUGAACCUCCAGCAUGACAAGGCCUCCGUCACCUGGAUAGGCACCUUCCUCCAGAUGCGGGCCAAGGAGCUGGAGGACACAGUGGCGGAGAUCCUGGGCGCCAUCCUGGUCCUGCCAGUAGUGGAUCACCCGGAGGUGCAGCACCUCCUCAUCGAGGGCAUCCUUCUGCUGGCGCACUACCACCAGGAGACUGGCCUCAUGUCCCUCCUGCGGCAGCCCCUGUCCAUGGAGAGCCACCUGACGGAGGUGUGGCUGACUGUGGCUGAGAACUUGCCCUUUGCCCGGAUGAUGCUACAUGCACUGAUGGGUCGGCUGCAGUCGAGGUUCACGCCCAGGGCCGACACCACCUCCAAGGCUGACAUCUGGCACCUGGCCGCAGUGGACCCUCUGAUGACCCUGUGCACCAUCCACCUUCUUAUUGAGAAGAUGGACCAGGAUGACAAGCUUUUGGACCUCUUCCCGGACCUCAUCUACACCCUCCUGCUGCAGCUCGGCAGCAGCCAGGGGCCGGAGGCCAUGUCGCCCGUCCUGAAGAUGUGGAGACUCGUCCACACGGGGACCCUCCCUGAGGAGAUCAACCUGCAAAGGAUCACGAUCAAAUCCAUGCAGCUUUUGUUCCGGAAACUCAACAGCGAGCCGCUGCUUCGCACCCUGGAAGAGCAGGGCGUGUGGGCACUCCUGGAGAGCAGCUCCACAUUCCUGCAGGGAGUGAGCCUGCUGGCCAGGCUGUGCGUGCAGAACGCCGAGGGCUACCGGCAGGGGCUGUCGGAGCUGGUGCUCAGGGGCGUGGCCUCGGAGGCCCUGAGCUAUCGCAUCAGCAGCAUGACGGUCUGCGUGGAAUUCAUGAGUGUCCCGAUCCUGUACCAGGAGAAGAUGCUGAAGCCGGCACUGCUGAUGCUGGAGAAGGGCGUGGACCAGGACGAGGCCCUGCGGGUGCUUUCCCUGCACGCCCUCGGCAACAUGGCCCUCCGUGCCCCCAAGAAGGUGAGGCAGUACCAGAAGCUUUUACUGGAGAAGUGCCUGUGCUCCCUGAGGGGGCCUGUGAGCACCAGCGUGACCUCCGAGGGCAUGGAGACCCUGGCCAAGGUCCUGGCUGAGCUGCGGGAAGGGGACGUGGGGUCCGACUUCCAUGCCAUCUCCGAGCGGUGCAGAGCCUUCUUUGACCACGAGAGCGAGCUACUGCGUUUAAAAGCCUUCGUCCUCUUCGGGAAGCUGGUAAAGGUGGUCAGGAUUUCCAAGAAGCAUUUCUUCAAAGAGGAAGUGAAGAAAGCCUGGGUCCCCCUCAUGCUGCACUGCCAGGAUCCCUGCUCCAAUGCAGCCCAGACUCAGAGAAAGCCUGCCGUUCUCUACAGCUUCUUGCUAGAAACAAUGACCUAUGUUAAAAAUAACUUGUCAAGGAUCAGAAUUGCUGCAUGUAACCUGGCAGGAAUCAUUAUGAAGCAGAUGUCUGCACGUUACCUGAAAAAGCUGGACGUUCCUACAUUACGGAAUUCUCUCCAGGAGCUACAGCUGGACUCGGAUCCUGGGGUCCGGAGGGCAUCCCUGGAGACUCUCAAAAUCUUGGAUACCUGUAGUCAUCACUGGCUUUUGGCUUCACCCUAAGGAAUUUCCUAG